CUCAGGGAAUUCAUCCAAUGGGGAGUAAGGACAGGUGUUUCUAGAUGAGAGUUUCGGAGGCGGAAACCUGCUGGUUCACUAGAGGUCCCUCCCAUCAUUCCAAGAUGACAGACAGGACCCCAUGGUGGAAAGCCUUCCUGCCAAAGAGAAAAAGUGGAGGCCCCAAGGACUCCGGGUCAUCAAAUGUCUUUGGCCCAGACUUUAACCCUUUUGUACAACCGCCAGAGAAGCAAAAAGACCCCUCUGCUGCAGCCUCCAAGACCUCUAGCGACCAGACCCCAUCUCAGCAAGCGUCCAACAAGACCUCCAGCCUCCUCAGUGAUGACACCUUCGAUGAUUCCCGGCUGGAGUCGGUCUUCAAUGAGCAGACAUGUCGCAGAAACAUGAAGGUUUCCCGCUCAGGUCGAUUUAAAGAGAAAAAGAGGGUGCGCUCGACCCUUCCUAUUGAGGAGAAAGAGACAGGGAAUGCAGCAGCAGGGAAAGAGGAUGUGCGGUGACAGUGAGGAGGAGGAGAGACUGCUUUACAAAGAUUGGAAAGAAUGUGAGGGAUUUAUAAAGAAGAAACCUCAUUCUCAUCAGGCAUGCCAGUCUAAUGUACAGAGUUUUUAUAAUGAUGGUGAUGAUGAAGAUAAUGAGCAUCCUAAUUAAAUAGGAAUAGAAUAAUAUGGUUCAAGGCCUGUUGUAAAAUAUUUACAUUUGUUGAUGGACUUGCACAAGAGAGUCAGAGAAAUGACCUGAAAUGACUUUCAGAUGUUUUGUAUUUCUUUAUGAUGGUUGUUGAACCAUUUUGCAACAAACAAAAUGCUGUGAUCACAACUCAAAGGAAGAGCUAGAUUACGCAGUGAGCACUUGCGAUGCUGGCGUAGACUCUCCCUCAGCAUUCAGUGAAUGGACAGUUCAUAAGAAUGAAACAACAACCCCCCCCCCUCUUUAUUUUUUUUUUUAAAGCACAGUCAUCAAACUGUUUUCUUCAGGAAUUAAUACUUUAAAGACGUUUACAUUACUCUUUAUUAAGAUUAAUAUAAAGUGAUGAAGGACAAUGCCCCCUUUGCAAUGCUUUUACAAAAAUGUUGAUUCUAAUGGGUGAGAAGGAUGCUUAUGAAUGAAUGAUGUUAUUGUGUGAACAAUACAAGCAGCUUUUAGUCAGAUGCACAUCUGCCAGCAACAAGCAGAAGAUAUUUUGAUGAAGGAUUAAAUCAGCCAUAUUUUAUAAGGUCCUUGGCAAAACUACCACAGAGAUAGUUUUUAAAAAAAAAAUCUAAACAAGGGAUUUGAAUCUGCUGUGAGUAUUUAUGAAGGCAAAAUAUGAAAAAAAUAAAUCUGCUAUCUGCUACA